AUGCGAAAACAGAACGUAAGGUCACCACCUGCCCUACAGUCACUAUUUCCGCGUAGAGAAAAUCCUCAGACGCUUCGUCAGCAAGAGAAGACCGAGAAAUCUGAAGCUAAUCGAAGACAUGAUACACAAGUGGCCGGACAAGCGAUGGACACUAGCGCUCAGUUCGAGCCGAUGGAUAUAGACAAUGAAGAGGCAUCAAGGGAUAACGAAAUGUGUAUUCCCACGAUCGUGUUAUGGCCGCCACCGGAUGAUGAUUUUGAUAUGAAGGAGGACGCAGAGGAUGUGGAGAUGACUUGUACCGAGAGGAGCACCAUUACAAACAACCACUAA